AGGCUGUCCCCUUUUCCACAGGCCAUGCCCAGGGUGGCUCCUCGGAAUCCAGCUACGGCUCCUACCUCGACCUCCCUGCCAUCCCGCAGGGGCCCAGUGGUGAGUCUGACUUCUUGUCCCAGGCCUGUCUGACGCCCCUGGCCAUCGCUGCAGGGCCAGACUUUAGGGGGCUGGAGGACACUCCUCGUAUAUGCCCUGGCCCGUCCCUGCCUGCCCCCUCACUGGCCCAGAGAGGCUGGUGGGUCCUCGGGGGUGCCCGUGUCCCCCCAGACCCAGCUGGUUGGUUCCUGUCUUUGUUCCUCCAUUUGACUCCCACUAUUUCAGCGACCUCUGCGACUCUGGGCGGCCUCUGGCUGCUCCGUCCUCAGAGGCCCUGGCAGAGAGGGCAGGUGGGGGGGGUCCCACAGCACCUGAUGCCCUAAAGGAAGGGGGCUCGGGGGAGUUCAAGGCUGAUCCAGCCCCUCCAGCUACUUCUCUGAAGGGGCGAGGCGGGGUCUGAGCAUGGAGGUUGAUCCGGGCACUUUCCAGUGCCUCGGGGAAUGGGUCUGAGGAAGCCCCAGUGCAGCCGAUGGCUCCCAGGGCUCCCUGGGGUGGCAGCCAGAGGACAUAGAAAGUCGCCAGAGAAAGGGGACAAGCGCCCAGCUAAGUCCCCGCUGUGCCCCGUGGGGGUCUCACCAUGGCCAGGGAGCUGCAACAUGCAGAGCCCAGAGCCCCCCCCCAAAGCGCUGGGGCCCGGCCCUGGGAUGCCCCUCUGGGCAGUGGGAACCCCAGUCCUGCCUGAGGCUUGUGCACCCCAUGAGCCCCCAUCUCUGCAGGUGACUCCCUCCGAGGGGUGACCGUGGUCCCACCCCUGAGGGCCAUCCCCGUGGUGCGAGGUGAGUGAGCCUUGAGGCCCGGAUGGGGAAGGGGCUGGGGCUGGGGCUGGGGCUUCCCUCCUCAGCCCUGCAGGGGCCAGGGCGGCUCAGUGGGGCUGGUGAGAUGGAGAGAGCACCCCAACCUGCGGGGUACCAGGGCUCCUGGACGCAGGCAGGGCUGGUGGCAGAGGGGUGGGUGUGGCCGCAUGAGGUGCAGGUCACCUCCAAUGGCCGCGGUUGCUUCGGCCACAGCCCCGGACCCCGUGCACAACGGCCGGGUGUGCAGCACCUGGGGCGACUUCCACUACAAGACCUUCGACGGCGCCGUCUUCCGCUUCCCGGGCCUCUGCAACUACGUGUUCUCUGCGCACUGCGGCGGCGCCUACGAGGACUUCAACGUGCAGCUGCGGCGCAGCCGGCAGGACGGCGCUGUGGCCCCGAGCAGGGUCAUCAUGAAGCUGGAGGGCCUGGUGGUCGAGCUCACCAGUCACUCCGUCCUGGUCAGCGGCCGCCCGUGAGUCUGGGUCCGGCGUGGGCCUGGGGGAGGAGGCAGCACCCCCGCCCCGGGCGGCGGGCAGGAGGAGGCACGUCCA